AGUACUCCAGUCACUCACCACCAAAACGUCACCCGCUGCUUUUUCGCCUUCCUCAACUUCGAGUUUCCACGAGACCAAUACCACAUCACACAUUCAAACCACUCACAACAACGAUACGAUCACCACCUUCUCACCACCCUCGAAAUACUCCAUCACACCCAACGCAUCGACUUCACAACUGAAAAGACGUCAAUAUGCCUAAGAAUAAGGGAAAGGGAGGUAAAAAUAGGCGUCGAGGAAAGAACGAGAACGACAACGAAAAGCGAGAAUUGACCUUCAAAGAGGAAGGACAAGAGUACGCCCAAGUCAUCAAAAUGUUGGGCAACGGCCGACUCGAGGCUCUGUGUUUCGACGGCGAAAAGCGUCUAGCACAUAUCCGAGGCAAACUGCGGAAGAAGGUCUGGAUCAACCAGGGCGACAUCAUCCUACUGUCCCUGCGCGACUAUCAAGACGAAAAAGGCGAUGUCAUCCUAAAAUACUCGGCCGACGAAGCCAGAUCACUCAAGGCCUACGGCGAAUUACCCGAGAACGCAAAGAUCAACGAGACAGAUACCUACGGUCACGAAGGCGUGGAUGACAAUGUCGAGUUCGACGAGGACAGAGACAGCGAGUCGGACAAGGAGGUUGAUAUUGAUGAUAUUUGAGUGAAAAAGUUUUCUCGUUUGUGCCA